AACUCGCCGUUACUUUAGGGAAAGACCAUGUGGUGGCAUUCUUCUUCCGCGACGAUAAGGAUGACCGGCUAAGGACGGCCAAUGCCAUACUGGUGGCGAUUCUAGUCCAGAUAUUGCAGCGUCAGCCAGAAGCCCUCGUACAUUUCGAGCCGGAGCGCAAGAACGGAAGAUUCGGCCAAUGGAAUUUACACAUGCUGUGGCGUGUCUUUGAAAGAAUCGUCAGGGACAACAGGAUCAAGCGUCUAUGUCUCGUCAUCGAUGCCCUAGAUGAGUGUGAGGAUAAUUCGAGAUUACUAUUUCUCGAACAGCUACGCCGUCUGCUACGCGACGGGACCUGCGUCGGAGAAAGGGCCAAAGUCCUUUUUACCCGCCGCCCACAUGUGGUGAUCACUUCGCAUUUACCUGUUGCUGUCGAGAUACGUCUUGAUGUCGAGAUUCUGCACCAUGAUAUCAAGGCAUUUGUGGUUGCUGAAGUUGAAAAGUUGCCACAAUUUUCUAAAAUGGCGGGGGAGAUAGAACAUGCUCUUAUCGACGGUGCAAAGGGAAUGUUCCUUUGGGUUUCUCUCGUUCUUGACGACCUCAGACGCUCAUGCACGACAAAGUCUCGAGUCAUCCAAGAGAAACUGAAGUCUCUUCCGCGGUCACUCCCCGGCCUAUACGAGAAUAUCCUGCGCAAAGUAGAGCCUGUCGACCAGCCGACUGCGAAUAUCAUUCUUCAAUGGGUGGUUUGGGCGUCACGGCCCUUAACCCUGAAAGAACUGACUAUAGCCGUUGCUAUACGACCCCAAGACACAUCCCUUUCUUCGAUGGAGGAAGAGAUGGAAUCGGAUCUGAGAACUGUCCUUCGAAUGAUAUUCGGUCCGUUGAUCACGGUGGAUGAUGACAAAACUGUCCACCUGGUACACCAGUCAGCGAAAGAUUUCCUUUCACAGCCAGACAUCUCUCCCCAACACGGUUCACACAAUCAAUCACUCUCUGGUUGGCGCCUAUCACCUAUAGAGGCUCACAGACGACUGGGAAUUGGCUGUUUAAAGUACAUGGCGUUUGAAUUCAAGCUCAAAAACGAACCAGUCGAUAGUAAAAUCGACCGCUCUCACAUCUCCGAAAAUGCAGAGACGUUGAGAAUUGGGAGAGGACACAAUCUACUUUCGUACGCUGUAAAAUACUGGCAGGACCAUGUGAGACAAACAGAUCAAAGGGACCCGGAUGUAUUGCGUGCCUUCUUGGCGCUUCGGAAACCCGGUAAAAACAAUUUCUUGGUUUACAGUGUGUCGCGUAUGCUGCGAAAUUGGUACCAGGAGGAAGACCGUAGUGUGCGGUCAUCACUUUAUGUUGCUAUAGUCUUCGAGCUUUUUGACUUUGCUGAAGAAUUGGUCAAAUGUCGUUGCGUGAGCGAUCUAUCUGACCGGAUUGGGAUCCUAAUGCAUCAUUCCUCGCUGCGGCACAGCGUGGACUAGGGCCAAUGGUCUCCCGCUUGCUGGACAGCGGGGCCGAUGUCA